AUGGCGGGGGGAGGGGAGGAGGUGUACGUGGCGGCCAUCGACCAGGGCACCACAAGCACCAGGUUCAUCGUCUACGACCACCACGCUAAGCCCGUCGCCUCGCACCAGCUCGAGUUCAAGCAGCACUACCCGGAGGCAGGGUGGGUUGAGCAUGAUCCUAUGGAGAUUAUAGAGACUGUUAAGGUGUGUAUGAAAGAGGCAGUUGGCAAAGCCAAAGAUGGUAAAUACAAUGUGGUUGCUGGUUUGAAGGCCAUUGGGAUCACAAAUCAGAGGGAAACCACUGUUAUGUGGAGUAAAUCCACUGGCCGCCCACUGUAUAAUGCCAUUGUGUGGAUGGAUGCUCGCACAAGCCCUGUUUGCAGGAGACUGGAAAGUGAGCUAUCAGGCGGUAGAACCCACUUCGUGGAGACAUGUGGGCUGCCAAUCAGUACCUAUUUCAGUGCUCUGAAAUUAUUAUGGUUGAUGGAAAAUGUGGAUGCUGUCAAGGAUGCAGUCAAGACUGGUGACGCCUUAUUUGGCACAAUUGACACCUGGUUGAUUUGGAACCUUACAGGAGGUGUUGCUGGUGGGCAGCAUGUCACGGACUGCUCAAAUGCAUCUCGUACAAUGCUUAUGAAUCUAAAGACACUUGACUGGGAUAAGCCAACACUUGAUGUGUUAGGAGUUCCUCUUGAGAUUUUGCCAAAGAUUAUCAGUAAUUCAGAGAAAAUUGGUGUGGUCGCCAAAGAGUUCCCCUUUGCAGGUGUCCCCAUCUCAGGGUGUCUUGGAGAUCAGCAUGCUGCUAUGCUUGGGCAGCUGUGCCAGAAGGGUGAAGCGAAAAGCACCUAUGGAACUGGUGCCUUCAUCCUUCUUAACACAGGGGAAGAGCCUACCCAAUCCUCCCAUGGUCUUCUUAGCACCAUUGCUUACAAGCUUGGCCCAACUGCACCCACUAACUAUGCUCUUGAAGGGUCCAUUGCAAUUGCAGGCGCAGCAGUUCAGUGGCUGAGGGACAGCCUUGGAAUCAUUCAGUCAGCAGCUGAAAUUGAAAAGUUGGCUGAAACAGUGCCGGAUUCAGGUGGUGUGUACUUUGUGCCAGCAUUUAAUGGGUUGUUUGCACCAUGGUGGAGGGAUGAUGCAAGGGGGAUCUGCAUUGGGAUCACAAGGUUCACAAAUAAGGGGCACAUUGCUCGAUCAGUGCUUGAGAGUAUGUGCUUUCAGGUGAAUGAUGUUCUCAGCUCCAUGCACAAGGAUGCUGGAGAGGCAGGAGAAGUAAAGAGUGCAGAAGGAGAGUUUUUGUUGCGUGUUGAUGGUGGUGCUACUGUUAAUAAUCUUCUAAUGCAGAUCCAGGCUGAUUUAUUAGGCAGCCCUGUUGUCAGACCCGCUGACAUAGAGACCACAGCCCUUGGAGCUGCAUAUGCUGCUGGGUUAGCUGCAGGAGUCUGGACUAAGGAGCAGGUAUUUGCAGGUUUGCAUAAGGAGAACACGACAGCCUUCCGCCCAAAACUGGAUGAGGCGCACAGGAAGAAGAGAGCAGAUUCGUGGUACAAGGCGGUUUCAAGAUCAUUCGAUUUGGCUGAUCUUUCUCUGUAA